ACACACACACACAUGAAGACGGCAGACAGUGAGUGAGCAAGAGAGAGAGAGAGAGAAAGAAUGAGGGAGGGAGGGAAUCAGUGUUAGUAGAGCGCAGACAGAAGACAGGCACUAAAGGAGGCUGUCGGACAGAAACACCACGAUCAUGAGUCAGAAACACACUGCAGUAUAGAGACACACACUGAGGAGCAAACAACAGCAAGACGGCGACUGAAGGAGCCUGUGUUUGAAUCUGUGAGACAGACAGACAGAGAAAGAGGCUGCCGUCUCUUGGUCUUCUCCCCGUUGGCGUGAGGUUGUGGCAGGCAUGGCGUCGGAGCCGGGCACCCAGUCCAGAGUGAUGUUUCAGACUAAAGUGGAGGAGCCUGCCCAACGCAAACUGGGCAAACUGACGGUCAAAUACAACCGCAAAGACCUCCAGAGGAGGCUGGACAUCGAGGAGUGGAUCGAUGGGCAGCUGCACCUGCUGUACGACUGCGAGGAGGAGGAGGUUCCUGAGCUGGAGAUCGACAUCGAUGAACUUCUAGAGCUGACAGAUGCAGAGCAGAGAUCUCGACUGCACGAGCUUUUGCAAGAAUGUGGAAAGCCAAAAGAGGACUUUAUCAACGGUCUGCUGUACCGGAUGAAGGGACUGCGGAAGAUGUCAGGAUCUCUCAAGAAAUAGUUUUAGGUCAAAAGCUGGAUUUUUCAAGAUAAUGUGAAGCACCCGGCCCCGCCCCUGACCCCGCCCACAACAACAAGCCCCACCCACUCCUCCUGUCUGUACUGUAGAGCGCUGUGAGUCUGUCUGUGGACGUUUCUAUAAUUCACUGCACACAUGGGUCAACGACAGAAACUUCCAGAAACUGUGUUUUUGACCACUAAUAAUUCUGUAGUUUCUCCAGCAUUGCAGAUAAAACGAAUGGCCUAUUAUUACUCAAAUGAGAUGUUUUUUUUUGUUUUAU